CCAAGCUAUUAGUAAGUGACGGGUAGGAGGGAGGAACUCGGACACGCCGGUGGGAGGGAUCGCUGAGUGCAGGGGAAGAAGUAGCACAAGUUGAUUCGAGUGAGAGGGGAAGUCUGAGCGGCUCGCAGCUUACCCCCCCGAUAGGCACAGCCGCGGGGGCUGUUUGGUGCCAGGACGUCCCGAGGCUCCGAGAGCUUCAUCCAGCCGCCUGGGUCCACUUCGCCCUCUCCGAACCCUGGAUUCCAGGUGCCGUUCACCAUGCCUGGUAGAGUUUAGCUACUCCAUGGAGCAAGCCAACUUCUACGAGGUCGAGCCCCGGCCGCCGAUGAGCAGCAGCAGCCACCUCCAGACGCCCCAGCCCGGCAGCGCCUACAGCUACAGAGAAGCUCCCUCGGCGGCGACACCUGCUGCGGGAGGAGCGGAGCUGAGCGACAUCUGCGAGAACGAGAAUUCCAUCGACAUCAGCGCCUACAUCGACCCGGCCGCCUUCAACGACGAGUUCCUGGCCGACCUCUUCCAGCACAGCAAGCAGCAGGAGAAAGCCAAAGCCGUCCUGGCCGGGGACUUCGACUUCCACAGCAUGCCCGGGGCCGGCGCGGCCGCCUUGGGGCAGGAGCACCAGACGCCGCCGCAGCACCACCACCAGCAGUCGCUCUUCAGCUGCAUGGCCAGCUACACGGACAGCAAGCUGGACCCCCUGUACGAGCGCAUCGCUGUCCCCGGCUUGCGGCCCCUGGUGAUUAAGCAGGAGCCCAGGGAAGAGGCGGAGUGCUGGCAGACGGCUCUGGCUUCCCUGUACCCUCACCUCCCCCAGCAGCAGCACCCGUCCCAUCUCCAGUACCAGAUCGCCCACUGCGCGCAGACCACCAUGCACCUCCAGCCCGGGCACCCCACGCCGCCCCCCACCCCCGUGCCCACCCCCCACCACCCGCACCACCCGAACAGCCUGCCCGCCGCCGGCUCCCUCAAGAUGCUUCCCGGGGAUCAUCGGGGCAAAACGAAAAAGUCCGUGGACAAGAACAGCAGCGAGUACCGGGUGCGCCGGGAGCGCAACAACAUCGCGGUGCGCAAGAGCCGGGACAAGGCCAAGCAGCGCAACGCGGAGACGCAGCAGAAGGUGAUGGAACUCACCAGUGACAAUGACCGGCUGCGCAAGCGGGUGGAGCAGCUCACCAGGGAGCUGGAGACACUCAGGGGCAUCUUCAGACAGCUGCCCGAGAGCUCCUUGGUCAAGGCCAUGGGCAACUGCGCGUGAGACGCCCUGGCCUCGCCUCCCGCGCCUCUCCAAACCCGCCCGGCCUUUUGCCAACUCUCGGGGCCCUAUUCAGAUCCCUGCGGGGGUCGAGAGCAGCGGCUCUCCUGGGGGGAGUUUGGCUUUUAAUUCUGAAUGACAAAUAAAAGAAUCCAGGCAGCUGUAGUAUGACACGGUCCGUGCCUUAGGAACGACACGAAUAAGCUGAAAAGAUUGUGCUUUGCAACGAACCAGAACGCGCCCACGUGGCUACAGGGUAGCGACCCCCCACGCUGUGCCUUACAAGUUGGGUUCCAAAGCUCUGUGGGCUGUUUCCGUCAGCCCGACAGGGGCGUGAGCAGACGGGUAGGGGUCGUGCGCUCUUGGUGGGUUUGGGGCUUAAUUGGUCCUGGCUGGGGAGAGGUGUAUGUCUUCCUCCCUGGGGAGUGAUGGGGGGGGGCGUGGGUGAGACAUUACUUGGGAGACAAUAUACCUGCUGUGUUAGGUGUCAGGGAAAGCCGAGUGCAAGCAAGACUCCGCCCCUGGUGCCUUCAGAUGAGUCUCUUGUUAGGUGAAGGCAAGGUUUGCUGGACCGUGGGGGCAACGCAUAGAUUGCCCCUCCCCCUCAGUGUUAGAGGGGACCCCAAGACUGAAAGGGAACAGCACCUAGCUAAGGAGUCCUUCAUUUUCUCCUUCAACCAAAACGAAGAGCAGCAAUGCCUGUACUGUAUGUCGUGACAUGGCGAAGCACAUACCAAUACAUGCCUAUCGAUGCGGGUAUUCACUACGAACUUUCAAUGUAUUUUGCUUUCUUCGAGGGAUAUUAAGCACCUCACCGAACCUGUCUUCUCUCUCCAAGCUGUGCCUCAUGUAAUGUGAUGCCUUUCUGUGUAUAGUGGCCACAGUUUAUUGUAUUGUAUUGCUUCCAUCUUUGCCAUCACAAUUUCCUUAUCUGGUGGCAGAGAGAUAACCCUUAUGUUGCAGCAUUUUUGGUUAUAGCUUCCUGAGGGGGCAAGCUGCCUCCUAAUAACCCUAAAGUCUGCACCUCCUGGGUGCCUGGGAUUUGAUUACCUUGGAAGGGAGGGCUAGGUCACAUCCACUCUCUGGGUUUUCUUCCCCCUUGGGGGAAAGAAGAUGCUGCUAGUUAACUGCAGCUGUGUAGAUUCUUUGGAUCCUCCCAAGGGAGAAGGAAACAGCAACCAAUUCCCCCUGCUAGCCAGCACUUUUAACCAGCCGGUGCUUUUCUUUAUAAUGUGUGUAUGAAUUUCUCAUAUGAGUAAUUGGAGAAAAGUGCAAGGUGAAGGAAAGUUAAUGUUUGCAAGUGUGAGAUCUGGAAAGCUAUGUUGCUUGCAUGGGUGUGUGUGUGUGCGCGUGUGUGCUUGUAGGUAUGUGUGUGUGUGUAUAGAUAUCUAUAGCGAUAUCUUUCUAAUCAUCUCUAUACACACAUACCAUGGUGAAUUAUGAAUUGAAAAAAAUCCUGCAUAUAAAGUUUGUCAAUUCUGGUUACAUUCAUAAAUAAACAAUAUAUAUUCUA